CCCACCCCCGGGGUCCCCGCAGCCCAUGGCCGAGGUGGUGGAAGCAGAGCCCGGGACGCCCGUGGAGACGCCGGCCUGGAAGGCCCCGGAGGACGCGGCCGCCCAGCCCGGAAGCUUCGAGAUCCGACACUAUGGAGCCGCCAAGUGGGUCAGCACCUCGGUGGAGUCCAUGGACUGGGACGAGGCCGUCCAGACCGGCUUUCCCAGGCUGCAGGACUACAUGCAGGGCCGCAACGAGAAAGAGAUGAAAAUCAAGAUGACAGCUCCUGUGAUGAGCUACGUGGAGCCGGGCUCGGGUCCUUUCAGUGAGUCUACCAUUACCAUUUCCCUCUACAUCCCUUCCGAGCAGCAAUCCGAUCCACCCAGGCCCUCGGAGUCAGAUGUCUUCAUUGAAGAUAGGGCCGAAAUGACGGUGUUUGUACGGUCUUUUGAUGGAUUCUCUAGUGCCCAAAAGAAUCAAGAACAACUUCUAACUUUAGCAAGCAUUCUGAGGGAAGAAGGAAAAGUUUUCGAUGAAAAGGUUUACUACACAGCAGGCUACAACAGUCCUUUCAAAUUGCUUAAUAGAAAUAAUGAAGUGUGGUUGAUUCAGAAAAAUGAACCCUCUACUUUGCAGGCAAAUGAAUGAGAAAUGAAGGAAGUUCUGUCCCAGAAAUUGAGCUUAAUAGAGACAUCAACCUACCUAGAAGUAAAGCCUGUGUCAGUCCCUCUACCUGAAAGUACUGCUAUGAAUUAAGCUUGUUUCCAAUGUGCCU